AUGUCAUCUACCAAAAAAGUAGCUUCUAAAGCAAAUGCUUUCAAUUUCCAGAAAAUUUUUAGCAAGAAGCGGUCAGAGAUAGAGAUAAGGAACCCAGGCUCAGCCCGAGCGUCUCCUCCGACUGGGUCGUCGCUUUCGUCAUUUCAUCACGACUCAGUCGAUCUUCUUGAUGAAAUUCAGCCACAAACAGCCCACAACCGAAGAACAGCUUUAAACCUACAAAUUCCUAAAAGAGGCCUUCAGACCCCUAGCCCGAAACACAUUCCUACACCUAAAACUAAAGAUCUCGUCAGGGUGUAUUCAGGAUCUGCCCAUCACCCAAUAAAGCUAAAACGGAAGCUUAGCCUAAAAGAGACACUAAAGUCAAAGCAGCUGUCUGAGCUCCCAGCAGUCAUCAAGCAGAAGUUCGAACUUGAGGCAAAAGUGACUGAUUUGAAGCUAGAGCUACAAAAUGCAGUAUCUGACUCCCUUAAAAAUAAAAUAAUGAAUUUUUCCAACUUAAAUAGAAUUAAUUUAUGUAAAAAAUUUAAAUUUAUAGGAGGAGUGAACAAAAAAAAAUGAAAGAAAGGAGGUCAUUGAUAUUCAAGCUCCAAGAAACCCUUUCAAAACUCCUAGAAGAGAAUGAAAGGCUUAAAACACAGGUUAGGAAAAACAGCAACGACACACCUGAAGAGCCUAAAAGCAGCAUGGCGGUUGGAGAUAACAUAGGGCAGAGUAUGGAAGAGUUUAAGAAUAAACUCAUCAAGCUACUAGGGAAUCAGCCUGAAGAAAAGGCAAAGAAGUUAUAUUAA